GUUCAUGGCUACACAUCAUCUUCCACACGCGUGUCGGAACAGAAAAAACGUUGGCGUUUGAUACGAGGUAUUUAGAACUUAUGUCGCGUAUUGUUCACUCCUGGACGCAAAAAUUUGAAGAGAGUUUUAAGAAGACCAAUAACGUGACAGCUGGGUCUAUAAGCUGCAGUGAGGACGUGUUGUGUUUGAUGUUUAGUGGUUAGCUAGUUAGCAUACCAAAGUAGCUACCUACUUGUCGCCAUGGCGCUGUACACCAAAGCCGCUGAAAUCCUGCUGAAGGUGGAGAGGCAACAGGGUGCUGUUAAAACUCUGGUGUACGACAGUAAAUUCGGCAACAUCAAGCAGCUCUUCGCACUGGUCUGCGAGACCCAAAAGUUCGCACCCAUCCUGCAGGAGAUCAUCGAGUCCACCAAGCUGUUGAAGCACACCAAGCUGAAGAUGCACCUGGCCAAGGUGCUUGUCUUCGAUCUGCUCAUGGGCCAGGGCCUUAAGUGCGGUGGCUCCUGGAAGGCGCUUCUAAUGAAGCAUCGCUCCAGGCUGCAGGCCGAGCUGGCCCGCAUGAAAGUCAAGAAAAAGGUCAGCAGGAAUGAGGACUUGCUCCCCAGCAGUGUCAAGGAGCUCGCCAGCGACCUGCUGCCAAGGUAUGUGCGUGUCAACACCCUGAAGACCACUGUGGAGGAUGCUGUGGACUACCUCAAGAGGGAUGGCUUCUCCUACUUGGGGGAGGCAUCUAAACUGGAUGACCUUACACUGAAGGCCAGAGAGUUUGUGAAGGACCUCCACCUGUCUGAGCUGCUGGUCUUCCCACCUAAGACAGACUUCCACGAUCACUUCCUGUACAAGGCGGGACACAUUAUCCUCCAGGACAAAGCGAGCUGCCUACCCGCCUUCCUUCUCAACGUCCCGCCUGGGAGCCAUGUCAUCGAUGCCUGUGCCGCCCCCGGGAACAAGACCAGCCACCUGGCUGCCAUCAUGAAGAACAGAGGCAAGCUGUUUGCAUUCGACAUGGACGCCAAGCGUCUGGCCACCAUGUCCACCUUGCUGCUCCGAGCUGGCGUCACCUGUCAGCAGCUGGCCCACCAAGACUUCCUGAAGGUGGACCCCCACGCUAAGAUCUAUGAGGGCGUGGAGUACAUUCUGCUUGAUCCCUCCUGUAGUGGAUCAGUGUGUGUGUGUGUUUCAGGUAUGGUAUGCCUCCAGGACUGUGACUCCUCACCCUCUGCGGACCCUCAUAAGGACGCAGCCCGCUUGUCUUCUCUGGCCUCCUUCCAGUUGCGUUGCCUUAACCAUGGCCUCAGCUUCCCCCGCCUGAAGCGCCUGGUCUACUCCACCUGCUCCGUCCACUGCCAGGAGAACGAGGAGGUCGUAGCAGCAUGUCUGCAGAAGAACCCUGCCUUCAGGCUGGUUCCUCUGCUGUCUCAGUGGCCUGAACGAGGCCUGCAGCCUCUCACUCAGUGUCUGCGUGCCAGCAUCACUAAGACGCGCACACAUGGAUUCUUUGUUGCCAUGCUGGAGAAACGCCACACAGCAGACAUUAUAACCACAUCACAGCCACCGGUUCAGAUAAGAGAUCCGGAGGUGGCACCGCACAGUCCCCCCGAAGCCGCUCUUUUUGAAGCUUCUUUAGAGAGUGAAGUGACGUCUGCACCAGCAAACAAGAAGACCAAGAAAAGGAAGAGGAAUAAGAAGAAAAGCAUUGCCGUGGCUGAAACAUAGUCACAAUAAGACGUAACUGGAGGUCUUCGUCGGAGAACUAUCUGGGGAAGGUGGAGACAAAAUCCAGAGCAGAGCUCUAUAUUUAAGUUGUUUUGAGGUUUUUUAACACCUUCAACAGCACAAAAGGUAGCCUGAUGAUUUUUUUUUUUUAAUAAAAAAAAUUCUGUUGGCAACUCAAAAUAAUUGUUGUAUUUUGUUUUCCUUCUUUUGUCUUCUAUUGUACAAUCAAGUAUUCAAAUAUGUUAUAUAUAAAACUGCAAUACCGUUUUUAUUAUUUUUGCUUUAAAAUAUUUUACACAAAUAAAAAUAUGUAAAAAUAUUUUUAGAAAGGAAAUUAAUAAUUAAAAUAUAUUCAAAAAGACCAUUUUCAGCUCAAAAAAGCAUGCCAUAAAAGAAAUAUUUUGGCCUCCACCAUAAUUUAAACCCUAGAUGGAUAAACAGAAAAUGUCUUUUUUUUUUUUUUUUUUUUAAAUAAGCUAUUUUCAUUAAAAAUGAAAAUAUUUAAAAAAUGUUUUUUUUUAAACUCAUUAUUGCAUUAUUUUUGCUUCUUCUUGUUUGAACAGACUGGGACCAGUUUGAGUAGAAUAUACUUAAUAUCAUUUCUAAUUAUUAUUGUUUGGUUGAAGUGACCCUUCAAAAUGAAAUCAGACAUGAAAUUAUUCUUUUGUGUCUGACAUCAUGACUGUAAAUGUUCCAUACAUUUGGGUUUGUGUGUGUCUGUGUCUGCAUCAGAGUGACAGGUGUUCAUAUGGCUGAGAAACACGCCAUAAAACACACGGACACACACACACACAGCUGACACAGCGUGUCUACCUCAGGCACCAGACAGGCCCCGCUGUGCUAUAGGAGUGGGGUCAAAGGUGGCUGCAAAUGUCAUAGCUAGUAGUGGCACAGGGUGGAGUCAGUACAGCGUACCCUAACACAAUUCACAUUUACAGUUUAUAAUAUGAUUAAAUACUACCAUUAAGAAGUUCAAACUUGUGUACAUAAUGAUUAGAUGCAAAAUAUAGGUGAUGUACCUCCUGACAUAGAUUGUCUAUUUAACAGAGCAAGACUGAAAAGCCAAAUGUUGUCUAUACAACAGGAGUGUUGCAUACUAGUACGAAACAAGCAGUGCACAGACACAUUUUCAUCAACAAAUGCGCGGGAGCAACUAUCUUGCCUGCAAACAAAGAUGGUGUAUGUACAAAAACAAAAAGUGUUGCCUUUGCUGCUGAUGUUUUACAAAAAUGCUGCUGUUUUUUUGAGGAUUAAAACUUUUUUUUUUUUUUUUUAAUAUGUCUAAUGUGUAAACAGAAUAGACUAGCGGACCCACCUGAUACCGUGUGUGAUGGAGUUGUAGACAAGCCGCCACUUGUAGAAUGAGCUUCUAUAUUGUAUCUGAUCAUUUUGUAGGGGUUUUCCUUGUAUUUCCACCAGUGUACUAUCACUAUGCUAAUCAUAAAAAUGUAUUAUAUGUCUUAAAAAUAUUUUAUUUAUUGAGAAAAUAUUUGUACUAUUUGUACAAAAAAAAUGUUUGUUUGUCACAGACUGAUGCAUUUAUAGUGCUGCAUGUAUAUUGAGUAUAGCAAGUUUUUACAUAUCAUGAUGUGUGUGUAUAUACAGUAUAUUAAUAUGUGACACAAUGUGAAUUUCUGAGUAUUUCUGGGUUAUUUCUCUGCUUUUUGGUCUAUAUCCAGACAAUAACGAAAGUGACACUGAUUUUUUUAAAAUGAUAAAUAUGGCGUAUUGUCCGUGAUACGAGUUACGUUUCAGUUUUCUAGUUUUUUCUAAUCAAUACACUUUAGGGAACUAUUGAUUUACAUUAUGCUUCUGUGCGUGUUUAUUUUAUUUAAAAGUUCUUGCCCUUCCAAUUCCAAUGUUUCAUUCCAUGAGUAGAAGUACAUUUUAGACAACGGUAUUGUUAGUGCCCGAAAAACAAAUAAAUAUUAUGGAAGAACCAUCAUUUUAAUAGUCUCAGUUCUACUUAAAAUUCCGUAUGAGAUGAGUUUCCAUGUAUUCAAUUACAUUCCUACUUUAUUUUCUAAAACAAAUAGGUCAGUAAGUAAGGUAAGUAAGGUAGGUAAGUAAUAAUAAUAAUAAGUAAUAAGUAAUCUCAAAGAGGUACUAUAGCUUGUGACUAAUAUUGAUUCCUACACCUUUUGAGUAUCCCAAUUAAAUUUGUAACUGUCCUUCACAGUUUCGACUGAGUGAUGAUGUCCAGCAAAAAAUCAUGACAGGCCCAGUUCUAGUAUGAAAAAGAACUGAAUUUUUCAAAAGUCCUUUCAAUUAUUAACAUGAUGUAUGAAAUAUGCAUAUUGUAGAUUUCAUCAUCAUAUGGACCAUAUUUCAAAGACAG